CAUUCCUGUUCCCCUGGACUUAUCUGAGCUUCUUCACAUGGGGGGCUAAUUCACUGUUCUACUUUUCUCUCCCCAUCACAGCCUCCGGCCAAAUUUCUCCUCUUUCGUCCCUUUCACCGACUGGACUGACCAGCUCUCUGUCGAUCAACCCACAUCGUGUUGGGUUUUAUAUAAUUUUUCCCUAUUAUUCUUUAUUUUCUUUUUCCCCCUCUGUGACCUGCCGGCUUAGUACUUGAUCUUUUCUCCCAUCAACAACCGACUGGACAGAUCAUGGAUGCCUAGUUGAACUUCCAAAUUAUCCCCGUCUUUCUAAUAUUCCUCCCCCCCCUUCCCAGCGCGCUUGGACAAAUUGCCUCAUCACCGUGGGCGACUGCGAUAAUACUCCAAAGGACUACCAGGGCAGGAGCUAAUUUCACCCCUCAUCACCGUUGGAUUCUGCGCUUUUCUCCGCUUGUCACUUUCGUUGACCUCCUGGCUCGCGGGCGGUCCCCCUUUCGUUCAAUCCUUUCAAGAAAAAACCCGCCUCUCUCCACCAUGACUCUCUUGUGGAUCCUGAACUCCUUCAUGCGCUGGGUGCGCUUGAAGAUAUAUCAAUAUGAGGUGACCUUCGCCGUGUACAUGCUUACGCCUACCGAAAAGUUCAUUUUUAAUUCCCUUCUCCUCACUCUCCUCUCAAUGAUUGUAACCGGCAUCUACGUCUACCUUCCCGAUCAUAUCCGAUCCAUUUAUAGUCACCUUUACUACUACUGGGCCGGCGAGCGUCCGUUUAUCUCUGCAAGCCUUCCAUCAAUCAGCUCCGUAUUCCGGGAGACCAGUACCCAGACUCUAGGAGUGAUGUACGAGACGGCCAAGAAUGCUGCUGCGACGGCCACUGCUCCAAUCGCUGAACUGUGAUAUCUCCCCGCUACAGUAGCGAUACGGGUUGGUUUCUCGGUGUUGGUGACGAUUGUGGGCUGCUGGGUUGGGUCAUCUGGCUUCUCUGUUUCUCCUUGUGAUACCAUCGGGGCUUUCUUGCAUUUUGCUAUUCGUAUCAGCAUAUUGCUGCCAUUAAUCAUCCUCUAUGACCGCAUGCCUCUCUUGUCCUCGAGCAUGGAUUGCAUCAGCAUUUCACGAUUCACCGUACUGCUCCUCCACCGAACGGUUCCUAUCGGCGUUGUGAAGUUGUUUCAUGGAGUUUGAACGAUACUGUUCUGAGCGGGCCGGCGCAUCCUAGGAGUUCCAUCAUCUUCGUUUUGUUUCCUCCCCUGGUUCAUACUCUGCCUCACGCAUAUUGUUUAUACCUUGUCGAGGCAAUCAUUGUUACGAUCACAUACUUUGCUGCUCUUGUUACUUUCGCGACUGGACGCUGGGGCUCCACUGACUGCACAUCUUAUAACAUAUAAACUCAUAAUUCUGUAUGGGGCACGACAGUAACGCCGAGGAUAGCACCAAAUCCUUUAGGAUGCUAUGAUGCUACAAAGUUUUGCACCGCUAUGCUCAGCCGAGCAGAAACUUUUGCUUUGACAUUGCGCCAGACUAAAAGUACAUAUAAGUUUAACAUAUGUAAACAAAAAAAAAAAAAAUGAAGUUACCCA